GCUCGGGGCGCCCGGCGGCUCCGGCAGGGCAGAGCUGCGUCGGCGGCGAGCGCCGAGCCCGUGCCCCGCCGGCUGCCUGUUUUUUUUCUCCCCGCCUCGGGCUGCGAGUAGCCGCGGCCUCCUCCAUGCGGGAAAGGAGGAGGAGGAGGAGGAGGUGGGAGCUGCUCGCCGGCCAUCCCCGGCGCCCGGCAAGUGGGAGCCGACCCGCCGCCGAGCCGCUGCUGCCGCAUCUCUCCGCGGCGCGAGCCUGAGCCCUGCCCGCUGCGCCGCUCCCAGCCCCCUCCCUCCUCGGGGGUAUUUUGUUUUUUCUACCCCUUCUCUCUUCCCCCCCCCCUCCCUUUUCCCCUCUCCUUUCCUCCCUCCCUCGCCCCCCCCCCCUUCUGCUUCUCACCCUGGCUGCGAGCAAAGAGUCUUCAUGAGCGCGGAGGAUGUCCGGGAAGCAUUACAAGGGGCCUGAAGUCAGUUGUUGCAUCAAAUAUUUCAUAUUUGGCUUCAAUGUCAUUUUCUGGUUCCUUGGCAUAGCAUUUCUUGGGAUUGGAUUGUGGGCAUGGAAUGAAAAGGGAGUGCUGUCCAAUAUCUCCUCCAUCACCGACCUGGGAGGCUUUGAUCCGGUUUGGCUCUUCCUAGUGGUAGGAGGAGUUAUGUUCAUUCUGGGAUUUGCAGGAUGCAUUGGAGCCUUGCGAGAAAAUACCUUUCUGCUCAAGUUUUUUUCUGUGUUCCUUGGAAUUAUUUUCUUUUUGGAGCUCACUGCUGGUGUUUUAGCAUUUGUUUUCAAAGACUGGAUCAAGGACCAACUGUAUUUCUUUAUAAACAACAACAUCAGAGCAUACAGAGAUGACAUUGAUUUGCAAAACCUCAUAGACUUUACACAGGAAUAUUGGCAGUGCUGUGGGGCUUUUGGAGCUGAUGACUGGAACCUUAAUAUUUACUUCAACUGCACAGAUUCCAAUGCAAGUCGAGAGCGCUGUGGUGUGCCAUUCUCUUGCUGCACUAAGGACCCUGCCGAAGAUGUUAUUAACACUCAGUGUGGCUACGAUGCAAGGCAAAAACCAGAAGUUGAUCAGCAGAUUGUUAUCUACACUAAGGGCUGUGUCCCACAGUUUGAGAAAUGGCUGCAGGACAAUCUUACCAUAGUUGCUGGUAUAUUCAUUGGGAUAGCGUUACUGCAGAUAUUUGGGAUAUGCUUAGCCCAGAACUUGGUUAGUGACAUUGAGGCUGUCAGAGCCAGCUGGUAAAACCUGCUGAAAUAACCACAAGACACUGGACAACUGAAACCCUCUGAAACCUCCAGUGUGUCACUCCGACACCAAGCUGUAUGGACAUGGGUGACAGGGAAGCCUUCUCUCCCAGCUAGUCUCAAGUUCCUGAUAUUGCAGUGAACUCACAUUUCUUUGGUGGGGUGGGGGAGAGAAGAGUGGGCUGUCUUGAAAUCUGCUGCUCACUGACAUUUUUUUUUGUUUUGUUUUAAACCACCAGUUUGAAAGCUGUUGAGCCAUGAAUCUCUACUGUAUUCUUGAUUCUGAGUAACAUAUGGACACUUUUUAAAAUUGGUGUAUUCAGUGGGACAGAGUUGCAUUGUAGUUUGUGGAUAUAUUGUUUGUUCUUUGUGUCAUGAGCUCCUGGUAGCUGCCAGAUAUUCCUGGGAUGGUCUCUCUCUUCACCACUCUGUAAAGGAACAAUCUUGUUUCACAGCUAAAGAUAGCUACUGGCCUAAACCCGUUAAGCAGGAAGCAACUUUCUAUGCAUCUAUUGUACAGUAAAUGAAAUUGUUUUUAAAACAAGGGAAUACUUUUUUUACACAAGCUUCCAACUAUCUCUCUGUAGUACUUUGAGGUUGGAAUCGACAAACUUGCAGGGAGAAUUACCUAAUUUUAUCGACAUCUUUCUUCCUUUCUCCACCCUUGUGUGAAGGGAAAGGAGUUUUAUAUUUGACAAGUGUUGUAGAGCCUUUGGUUGCUGCCAUACCUUAGGGCAUCAGCCUCUUAAGGCAAAAAUGGGAUAUAACUGUAUAAAAUGUAUGAAAGCAGUGUGGAUGUUGGAUCCAAGAGAAUAAUGUUAUUCAAAGAAUGAACUAUAUAUUAACUUAACAAAAAAAAUGUAUCUGAUGUGGCUAAAUCUCUUUGGUUUCUCUGGAGUUUAGUGUAACCUGAUGUAUUGGGGGAAUCUCACUAAUAUUAGUAUUUUAAUAUACUUGUGCAAAACUUCUUUAAAGGUAUUUCCUUAGUCUGUUCCUAGCUGACGCUUUGGUCUUGCUUUUUUCUUUAAUUCUUUUUACUUGCAUGAGCUGUGGAGUAAGAAUCUGUGAUGCUCCAGUGCUUACAUUUGUGCAUAUGUUUUAACAGUCUAAUCCAAACUUAUUUAUUGGUAAAUGCAUGCGAUUAUGGAAAAAUCGUAUCCCCUUCCCUUGGAAGUUAGAGAGAACAGCUUUUGCCAGAGUAAACUAUUACCUUCAGUGAAAAAAUUGUUGCUAAGUGUAUGUUUGCCUUUUGUUGCUCUGAAUGCAGCAGAAAGGUUUCUUGAAGCAAUGGAAUAAAAGUUUUAAACCAGAUGUUUGGAUCAGGAUCAGCCAAGGCAAAGUCCCUUUUGAACCGGACAAAAGAUGCUAGAAUUUGGAGUAAAGCGCAAAUAGUAGAUGAAGAAUCAGAUUAGAUGCCAUCUGGCUUAGAGUUUGUGAUCCGUUCUUCUUUACAAAUAAUGAACGUACACACCUGACCAUGGCUUGAGUAGUUUUAUUGCACUUCGUAUAAAUUUCUCUUAUUGUAGGACUCUUCUCAGUAUCUGUCGACAGUCCUGAAAGCUCUGAGCUGCUGGCUCUUGCUCUGGUUGAACAGAGAUGAGGGGUGUGCAGCAUCCUUUUAGGAAAAGUUUUUAAUGUCUUUGUGGGCUUCCUAAGAUGGUGUAUGUGGAGUAGAGGGAACAAAUUUGACUUGUAAACCUGCAAAUUUAUAUACCUUUCCACAUUUUGCCUUUCUGUGCUCUAGUCAGCCGUGUGUUUCCCCUCCGCAGGCUGGUGGUAGGCAUGCCGGCGUCCCACGGAUGCCGCAGAUAGUCCCAUCGCCCUCCUGGCUUGGAGUGUUACCUCAUCUUCCUCUGGCUAAAUCCUACUGCCUACCUCUGAAUGAGGCAGCCUCCAUAUCCUUUGGUAUCUGCUGUUAAAGGCCAGCCAUGACUCAGAGCGAUUUUUUUUAAAGCCUUUGAAAGCAAUUAUAACUUACUGUCCUUAAUAAAGUUGAUUCCACCUCA